UGAGUUGCGACUUGCGACGACAGGAAUGAAUUAAAAAGAAUCAUGAAUUUCAGCAUUCUAACCUUACUUUUGUGGUUUUUCGGCGCUAUUUUCGUUGUUUUUGCCUGUCUAUUUUUGUGUUUCAUGCUAUAUUUGCAUAAUAUUCACCAACGAAACGCUCAUUUGCCAGGACCACCUCGUUCAAGCUUCAUAUUUGGCAACCUUCCCGAAUAUUGGGAAUGGCAGAAGGCGACAGACGGGGGAACUAUGUUAGAAUUCGUGCUGGAAAAACGUUUCGAAUAUGGACCGGUCAUUUUGUUGACUUGGUUUCACAAAGCGGUAGUGUACUUGGGCGAUCCCAGCUAUAUUAGAGAAGUCUUUGUAAAUAAUCAGAAUCAUUUGCACAAGCCUCCAUUUUUUUACAACAAAUUUGGGUUUAUCUUUGGCGAAAGGGCUGCCGGAUAUGGUUUAAUUACAAAUACAGAUAGGUUAUCGUGGCACAGGAAAAGACACAUCAUGAACCCUGCCUUUCACAGGAAAUGCUUGAAAGAUUUCAUCACAAACUUUAACGAUGUUUCGAACCGAUUUCUGAUUCGCCUGGGCAAGAUAGCCGAUGACGGCGAGAUUGUAAGUAUGGCCGAUGAAUUUUCUAAAGUUACACUCGAAACCAUAAGCCAAGUGUCGUUUAACUUUGAUACCAAUGCAAUUGAAGACCAUGAAUCACCAUUUCCAUCUGCAGUACGCCACUACCUCCAAGGCGUACAAACAAAUCUCGACAUUCCAAUAAGUCCUGUACUUUUAGGAAUUUUUCAGUUCAAACUGUUCCAGAGUGCUUCCCAAAGAGUUCAAAUCGAGGCUGUACGAUUUCUUCGAAAAUUUGCUAGCGAUUGUAUUUCUGUCCGCAUGAAGGACAUUGCUGAAGGAAGGGAUGUACCUAACGACUUGCUAAAUCUUUUGAUUAAUAAUGGAAGCUUUACAAUGGAGGAGAUCAUUGAUGAAUUCAUAACAAUCUUCAUUGCUGGCCAAGAAACAACAGCAAACAGUUUAGCAUUUAUAUUGUUUGAAAUCUUGAGUAACUGUGAUGUUGAAGCAAAGCUUUUGAAUGAAAUCAAAGAAGUGCUGGGUGACAGAAAGGAAGUUUUGUUUGAAGAUUUAGCAAUACUAAAGUACACUGGUCAGGUGAUAGAGGAAACUCUACGAAAGCACCCCAUCUCCUCGACACCGGUCGGGACGUUGGAGAAAGAGAUCACGGUUGGAGGUUAUCGAAUACCGAAAGGAAAUUAUGUCAUGAGUUUUUCAAUGUUAGUCGCCAAGAACCCGGAAAUUUGGAAGAAUCCUGAAGUUUUCGACCCUGAAAGAUUUGCUGAUCCUGCAAGUAUCCCGGGCCUGGGCAUGAUUCAUUUUCCUUUUUCCAUUGGCCCUCGUAACUGCAUUGGACAAACCUUUGCAAAGUUCGAAAUCAAAGUUCUUAUCGUGAAGCUGUUUCAAACGUUUCAGUUCGAGUUACUGCCGAAUCAAACCGAUAAAAUCUUGAACAGGUUAUCCUUUGCGCCUCGAGAUGGUGUUAUGUGUAAAGUCAGAAGACUUGCGGACCAGUAAAUAUUAAUAAUUAUUAUUAAUUAUUUAAAAGAAUUCACAGCCUCUGAUUGGCUAAUAGCCAUUUGUGAAAUCGUCAUGUCCAGCGUGUGACCUUACAAGAGCGCUUUCUGAGGCCCUGUCCACACGUAGCGGGGUUUUUGAAAAACGGAGAUUUUUUCCUCCGUUUUCAAAAAAAUUCGCGUCCACACGUAGCGUAUUCGAAUCGUUUUUGCCCGUCCACACGUAAACGCGAAAACGAAGGAAAUAUGAUAGCAUAAUGAUAAUGCCCAGCGUCGAGCAUGCGCAUUGCCUAGCAGAAUUAAUUCUUCCAAACAAUCGCAGGCUCAAAAUGCAAUAACCUUGGUAGUAACAGCUAUGUUAAUUAGGGCAUUUGGUAAAGCUACUUCGUAUUUACUUUGAAUUCGCUUCGUACUCGCUCUUUCUCGAAAUAAAAUAUCAAUAAAAUGGCUAAAUCUACAAAAGGAGCAACGAAAUCUAAGGGAAAAUCCAAACCUGACUCAUUCGUUUGGACGGAUGAUGAAGUCGAGCUUCUCCUUAAAGUCUUGGAUAUAUUCAAAACACGCGCCUUAUCGAAUAUCGACUGGGCCCGACUAACAACGUCAUCGUAUUCGAAAACCUCCGUUUUCGCCCGUCCACACGUAAACAUGAAAACGGCGUUUUCGAAAAACUCCACUCUGGAGAGCGUUUUUAAAAACCUCCGUUUUCGGUUACCGAAAACGCCGGUUACGUGUGGACGCAAGGCCAAAACGGAUAAAAAAACCUCCGUUUUUAAAAAUAUCCGGAUACGUGUGGACGGGGCCUGAGUUAAUGUACCAGCUAACGCUUGAAUAGCGACUACAAGAGAGAAGUAUGAAGCUUCCCAAUAUGAAGCACCCCCCCCUGCCCCGUACCGCCGUACGCCUAUGAAAAUAUAUUUUAUAUUGGGUUUCAUGAACUAUAUGACACUGAAUAUUCAUUUCGUUAUAUUUGUAGCAAUUACACUAGAUAAGUUACACAUGAUGAUUAUAUUUAUGGCACAAUCGCAGCAAAUAUUUAAAACUGGUUUUGCAUGCUGUGUAAUAGUUGAAUUGUUUAUUCUAAGUACAUCCCGGUACAAAUCGUGCAUUGCUCACUGAGCUGUUUGAACUUUGAAAUCUAAAGUCUGUAAAGUGCAUGUGCAUAAUAUAUUUUGAUUUUGUGAGACGUGGCAUCGCCAAUAUGUCAAAAUUGACAAAUUGCCGAAAAGUUCCACGCGUUUAAAUCGCGAAAAUUUUGGCUG